AUGGCUGAGCGUCCGGGACCGGAACCACCGUUGGGUCUGUCCCAAUUAUCAGACCUGGAUGGCGUUUCAAUUCGGCAGAAGAUCAACGACUUCACAGGCAACAAGUAUGUGGUGUUGUCGCCCACUGGUGACGUGGUGAUGUAUGCGCGGGAGGACACCGGGGCUAUCGGGCAGAUUCUCGGUGGACACUCGCGGCCUUUCCACAUCGAUAUCUUCGACACUCAGGAUCGGAAGGUGUUCAACCUCCGCCGCCCGUACACCUUCGGACCGGACAAGAUGGAGGUGUUCGUGUGCGGUCAGCUGGCCAGUGUGGUACGCCAGGAAAUGACCUUCCUGAAACCCGUGCUCAACAUCAACGAUGCCGGUGACAAAGCCGUGUUGCGUGUGAAGGGCCCAGUUAGUAUGACGGGCGUUUGUGAUUUUGAUGUGCUAAAUCUGGAUAAGAAGAAGGUGGGCGUAAUCAGCAAGCGCUGGUGCGGGCUGCGGGACCUGAAUUCCAACGACGACUUCUUCCAAAUCCGAUUCCCGGCACAACUCGACGUCAAAUACAAGACUGCUGUCAUUGGCACUUGCUUCCUUAUUGAUUUCCUCUACUACGAGAACUGAUGACGACUAUUCUCAAUCUCGCAAUGUUUCUACUGCAUCCAUCUAUUAAAAUAAUAAUUUAUUUAUAUUAGGAAUGGAGGUGGUGGCAGCAUUGUCAUCUGAUCAGAACAUGAUUCUCGUGCAACAGAGCAAUGUCAAAUGUCACAAAGUAAUCUCGAAAGAACAUACCUAAUGUUUCAU